UCUUUUUUUUUUUUUUUUUUAACAGGAAAAUUCUAACAACGGUAAACUCGAGUACCGCAAAUUCUUCUUGAAUAUUUUUUAAUUCUAUCGCAGCGACAUGUAAAUAUCCAACACAAGCAUGUAAUUAUCACUACAGAUAUUUCCAAUUGCAUGUCACUAAUACUAUUUACACUUGCGCUUCUAUAUUGAAUAAUAUUUGAUCGCGUUAAGGUACACAGAUGAUAAGAGAGAAAGAAAUCAGUCUGAUAAUCGCGGUAAAAUAAACUUCCAUUUACAAACAACAAUGAAAGGAAUGGUCAACUAUAUGCGGGCUGUUUAUGAGAACCGCGCGGAGGAAUUUCCCUUUUAGCGGCGUAAUUAAUUACACCGUUGCCUCGGUGGCGUCUCGAUACCUAGUCAGAUACCUCUGCGCGUACCUUAUCUCCUUAUCUAAAAGCAAAAAAGACAAGCGUCAUUGGCCCCGGUCACAUUAUUCAGUGGAGACACGUGAGAAACGCAGAACGGUCAGGCAGAGCAAGCACAUGUACAUUAAGACCGUAUAGCCGGUUAUUAUGUAGCCGAUAUGGCUCCGAAGCAAUUAAUACUAUUGUUAUGAUUCAGACGAAUACGUCAUGUGUGCUUGAACAACGAUGCAACCAUCGCGUUUCGGUUAGUAUUCGACAAUAGAGACUCGCGGCUACUCGUUCCCGGCUCGGCCCGCUCCGCAAAACGUGCUCCACUCCGAUCCGCUCGCGCUUAAAUGGCUUUCUAACUAAUGUCUUGAGAAAUGCACGCAUGCAUGCCACCUGGAACGGAUGUAAUUAAUUACGCCCCGCUCAGUGUCGUGAGAGUACAUGAUACAGUAUCGACGAGUAAUCAUUUGAUGUGGUUUCGUCGGUUUUACUUAAUUCGCUGAUUGCAAGGAAAAUCCUGAUUUCGGCGGUGAUCAAGCAACAGAUAUGAAACGCGGUGGAAGAACUGAAAUAUACGAUAAUCGCACGGUGAUUGUGUAAACCUGUGCAUGUUGCAGUGACUCAACUCAUUGGAAAGGAAAUGAUAACGAUGAAUGUUCGUGAAAACCGUGGAACGAUUUUGUGACUAAGGUGUAAUCAGUGAGGUGGUAGUAAAUAGCCUUUGUAAUAGAUGUUACGGAGAGAUAUUGGUGAAAACGAGUAGCAAAGAAUAAACAAGCAAUUAUGUCGAAUAAAAAUCUAUCUGAGAAGGAGUCUUCGUACAGUAUUGCGAUACAGGAUGAAAAGGCGGCGAGUGAGAAGUAUAGCAAAGGCAACGCGCAAAAGAAUCCGGAAGAAGUUGUUAAGAAAUCGAGCAAAGCGACACAGAUUGAUUUUAUCCAAUUAUCUUAUGGCACACAGAGAAUCAGACCGACUUCUCUGGCCUAUUUGCCAAAGCAGACGCAAAUGAGCGAAUCCAGUUAUCCCUCUUAUAAUUCCAGAAGCUCUUCCUUAUGCCCGUCUCAGAGUGAAUUAAUUCUAUCGCCGAGAAACAGGAACAGUCGUUAUGUAGCUUUAGAUAUGAGAUCAAUAGGUAGCCUUCCACUUUCGAAUAGCCAUGCCUCGAUAAAUAACAUGCCAUACACUUGUUGUUGUACGUGUGUGGGAUCACCUGUACCUCCAACAUCUUCCUCACAACAGACGGAGGAACAAGAUGGUCCUGAAGGUCUUUCAUGGAGGAGACUUCACAUGAGCAGAGCUAAAUUAAAAGCAACUGCGACAACGUCGGAGUUACUGAGCGGUUUCGCCAUGGUGGCUAUGGUUGAGCUGCAAAUAAACGAACCAACCGCAGUGCCGGAAUGGCUGUUUGUGAUGUUCGCUGUUUGCACGACCGUUCUAGUAUCAGUACACAUCUUUGCUUUAAUGAUAAGCACGUAUUUAUUGCCCAAUAUUGAGGCUGUCAGUAAGCUUCACGUAUCUCGGCUUGUCACGGAAUCUCCUCAUGAAAGAAUGCGCGGCUUCAUCGAGCUGGCUUGGGCAUUUUCCACGGUAUUAGGAUUGUUCUUGUUCCUAGUGGAGGUGGCUAUACUGUGCUGGGUGAAAUUCUGGGAUUACUCGUUCACCGCCGCCACUGCCAGUACAAUUAUAGUAAUUCCAGUCCUCAUAGUGUUCAUUGCAUUCGCCGUUCAUUUUUAUCAUUCGUUGGUGGUGUAUAAAUGCGAAUCCUCGGUGACUGACAUAAACGAGUUGGAGAGCAUCAAAAGAAAUUUAGAUAACGUAACGAUGAGACAGAGCAGCGUCUGAUGAUUCUGUAAGAGAUUGUCAUCAUGUUCAUCGAUCGUUGUGUCCUUGCCUCCUAAAAUAUGUCCCAGAGUGUAUGUUAUUUACUCGCGUUUUAUUCCGUAACGGUAUUGUAAUCGUACUUAAUGAUAUAUACGCUAUAUUCAAGUACACGUAAACAAUCAUGGAAAAUGAACACAUGUAAGUUUAUUCAAUAACUUUACUUAUUCAACACGAGCACGCAUGAAGCACGAUCGUGUUUUUUUAUUAUAUAUAAAAAUGUACAUAGCUGUACACAUGCAAGUCAAGAAUUGCAACAGUACAAGCAAAGUGCUCUUAUAAGUAUAUUAGCUAUAUUAUUUUAGCAUUUAAUUAUAUACUAUUUAUGACUUAAUUUCCGAUUUUUCCUUUUAAAUGUAUUUUCCUCAUUUACUUUGCUUUUUAUUUCAUACAUCGUAUCGCUAAUAUGUAUAUAUAUAUAUAUAUA